ACGGUCACUCUAAAGUCUUGUUUACUCACAACCUAAACAGUUGAACUUUUUUCCCAUAAAAUUAUUUUACUUAUAUUAGUGAAAUGUCGGAUUUUAACAUGCGCCUAAUUGAGUUGGUCCGCGCCAAUCCUAAUCUCUAUGAGCGGGAACUGCGGACAACACCCUAUGAUACGAAUAAGAAGCGGAAAACGGAGAUUUGGCGCAGCAUCUCUGCUUCCCUCAAAACAGAUGUUAAUACCUGUAUUCGGACGUGGAAUCAUCUGGUGGCCAAGUUGCGUCGGGAAUCGGAGAAAGAGAAGUCUGGAGGCACUGGGUCUGAUUGGAGUCUCUUGCCCCACAUGCGUUUUCUGCAGCAGCCGCAUCAUUCCGGAAACCACCGCAGCGUAGUAGACACUAAUUGGCGGUCUCCGAAACCCCAGUCGCCCAUUGAGGAGGUCCACAACGAGGAGGAUCCGCUGCAAGAGGCCAUGGAUGAGCAGCUGGCGACUGCGGGAGCAGCAGCACUGGCACUGCCGCUUCCACCAGCGGCUAAUCAUGCCACAGGAGCACCACCACCAACCACUACUCCAGUGAGCGCAGAACUGCUAAAGCGGAUUGAGGCACUGCUCGAGGGACUGGGGGAUGCGAACCGCGUAAAGGCAGAAAAGAGGAUUCUGGCCUAUCUCUGCAAAUGUAAUCUGCGCGCCCUUAACGAGGAGCAAAUCGAUGAUAUAGUUAUUUAGUGAGGCGAUACUGAUUGCUAAUAACUGAUCUUCAAGAGAUAUAAUUGAAUUAUGAAAAGGGUUGUUCUUAGUAAAUAUCCAUAAUUUAAAUCUUAUUUAUUUUAGGUUUAACUUGAAAAACUUGAGCUUUAACUAGACAUCUUUGUAUAUUAAGCAUUUUUAAUUAUAAAAUUUUAUAAGAAAAUCCAGUAGAUUUGCACAAGUAUAAAAAUAUUUAAUAUUAGAAGUACGUUUCGAUAAUUUUGAUUUACUAACCCGAAUAAUAAUCAAGUUAAAAAGUAACUUUGUAGGAAAAUCUUGUAAAAGAUAAAUAUUAAACACUUCUAUCUACGAAUAUCUUGAACAAAAUUUAGACUAUAGACGGUUUCCAAUCUCUAAAAAAAAGUAUGCAACUAUACUCUAAAAUGUUUAAAGUUAUCUGAAUAUAGUUGUAAAUGUAAAAUGCUCAAAAAGCUCUAAA